UAGGUCGAUAAAAGAGUGUUUGUUUACAUUUUGUGUUUGACACAAUAAAAUUUUAUUAUUUUCAAUUGGAGAAAUUAAAAUGCCAUUUAGUAAAUAAAAGGCUGUUUUUUACAGAUGUGUUUAGUUUUUUAAGAUAAUUUUCCUUCAUCAUGGAGUCUUCGCCUAAAACCUGUCUCACCUGUCUUUGUAAUACCGAUGAGGCACACAACCUCAAUGGGAUACUUUUGGAAAACUUAACAAUUUUGGAAAUACUGUUUAAAAUUGUGCCACCCCUAUUGGAAAAUCAAAUCUUAACACUCACACAAUGGAUAUGUAUUGAUUGUUUGGAUAAAUUGGUUUUAGCUUAUAAGUUUCAUCAACAAUGUUUGGAAUCGGUCAGUUGUUUAAAACAGGAUCAACAAAAUGUUUGCAAUCUCACCACCAACAUGUAUCCAUUUGAUGAAAUUCCUAUGGAUUUUAAAGAAGAUCCCGAUAGACCAUUUUAUCAAGGUGAAGCUGAGGCGGAUCGAAUAAGUGUUAAGCAGGAGAUUCUGGAAAAUAGCAAUGAUAAAUUAUCUUUGUUAAAAGAAAAAUAUAUGAAAAAAUCUUCCUUAAAGGUGGACAAUUUAAAAAAACUCAGAAAAUUGAAGCAGCUUAAGGGCAAGUUUACUUGCCUGCAGUGUGCCAAGGGUUUCAGCAGUUUUAAACGUUUGAAGGAACAUAAUUUAAAACAUAAAAAUUUUGAUAAAGAAGAUGUUCAAAAUAACAAAAUCUCCUUAAUAUAUAAAUGUUAUCAAUGUCCUAAAGCGUUUGAAAAACCAACCUCCUUAGCAGCUCACUGCAGAAUACAUAAAAGAAAGAUUAAGACAAAAAGUGCUAAAAGCGAUAAAGUUAAGCAGUCUUUGAAAGAAGAGGAUUUGGAAAAGGUUGAUAGUUCUAUAGUUAAGGAUGAACAUGAAACGGAAACGGAGGAAGAGGAUUCUCAAGAUGAUGAAUUAGACCAUUUAGAAGAGAAGUUAUUUGAUAAAACAAAAGGAAAAUAUACAACAAAUAACAAUUCUGCAGAUAGCAGCAAUGAGGAUGAAGAAAAACCUAAUAGUAGUAAAAUAAACAAACUAAUUUAUGCUUGUGAUAAAUGCGACAAAGUAUUCAAACGUCCUUAUUGUCUAAGACGUCACAAUAGGGUGCAUGCCGCCGAGCGCCCUCAUGAAUGUAAAGUUUGUACAUAUCGUUUUGCCAGUCUUAAUAUUUUAAAGAUUCACAUGUUUAAGCACAAAAAAGAAUCGGGUCAAUUAGACACACCCACCCCUAAAGGCAUUAAAUGUCCGGAAUGUCCUAGACGUUGCCGUAAUCAAAACACCCUUGCCGUUCAUCUGCUAGAGCACAAACGCAAAAGAAAGGAUUAUCCCUGCAUGGUAUGCCAGCACAACUUUACCUCCGUAAAAACUCUAACAGUUCACAUAAUCACCAAACAUCCUGAGGUGGAGCAACUUAAAUGUGACGAAUGUGAAAAGACAUUUGUUGUACGCGCCCAUCUAGAGGAACACAUAAAACGGCACAAAGACCAGGAAAAUCUAAUAUGUUUGGUAUGUGAAAGAGAAUUUCCCAAUAAUGCAGUUUUAAGGGAGCACAUGCGUAUACAUAGCAGUGAAAAUCCGUAUCUAUGUCCGAAAUGUGGUAAAACAUUUAGCAGUAACAGUUGUUUGCAUCAGCAUAUGGAACGACAUUUGGGAUUGAAGAAACAUCAAUGUCCCGAAUGUCCCAUGCGUUUUAAUUGUAGAUCGGAUAUAAAGAAGCAUAUGUCAACGCAUUUAAAGGUUAAGCCACAUGUCUGCGAUACUUGUGGGGCACGUUUUACCCGAUCAUAUUCCCUAAUCAAUCACAAAAUAUCACAUUCCGGACUGCGUUCGUUUAAGUGCAAUCAGUGCAGUAUGACUUUCUCAGUACGUAAUUCUAUGCUACGUCACAUGCGUACCCAUACUGGGGAGAAACCCUACAAAUGUAAAUAUUGUGAAAGGGCCUAUGCCCAAAGUGGCGACUUAACAAAACACUUGAGAACACAUAUCGGUGAGAAUACCUAUAUGUGUGAACAAUGUCCUAUGUCGUUUAAAUUUUAUGGCGAAUUAAAAAAACAUAAAAUUGAACAUUUUAAAAAGGCGGAAGCGGAAAAAGCUAACCUAGAACAAGAACAACAAAAAGAUGCUGCAACAUUAACUAAAGUGAAAAGGAAUUAUAUUAAUUACUUUAUUACAAUUAUGGAUUGUAUAACAAAAACCUGUUUAACUUGUCUGGGUACCACAAAUGAGGCAAGUAAUCUACAGGAUACUCUCCAAGAUAAUCUUAAAAUAUUGGAAAUAAUCUAUAAAAUUGUGCCCGUACUGCUGGAAAAUCAAGAAUUGACACUGCCCGAAUGGAUAUGUGCAACAUGUUUGGACAAACUUGUUAUUUCAUACAACUUUCAAAAGCAAUGUUUAGACGCCAUACAAAAUUUAUAUAAAUUAGAGGAAAAUACUGAAGAUGUGGCAAAAAAAGAAAAUUUUGAAGAUAUAUAUAAGCAGGAGUUGCUACAAGAAGAUAAUGAAGAUUCAAUGGAAUCUUUUCAUGAUAAUAAAAUACAAUUUGAGGAAUUCGCCCUAGAUUCUAAACCCGAAAAUGAAGAGGAUUUAGAAAUGCCAUUUUAUCCAAAUGAUGAUAAGCAGGAAGAUAGUUCACAGGAUUAUUUAGAAGAUAAUGAAAGUGGCGAAAGUGAAAACAAACUAAUAACUGAUUCCCUACCACCUUAUGAAACUGCUUCGCUACAAUGUAAAAAGUGUAAACAAAUCUUUAAAACUCAUCAGGGUUUAACUUCUCACAAAACUAGAGUACAUAUAAGGAAAUAUUUAUAUAAUUGUAAAAAAUGUUAUAGAGGUUUCGAUUCUCAGGAACAAUACACUAAACAUUGUAAUCGCCAUUUGGGUAUAAAAGCUUUUAAAUGUCCCAAAUGUGAUAAAGUCUUUGAUGCAAAUAGCACGCUAAAUCAACAUUUAAUUUCCCACUCCCAAGAGACUCCAUAUCUAUGUACUAUUUGCGGCAAAAGUUUUAAUCGUUCGGGUUCUUUAAAACAACAUAUACUAAGACAUGGCAAUGUAAAACCAUUUAAAUGUUCUAUAUGUUCGAAAAGUUUUAAAUGUCUGCCAGAUCAGUUAAAACACAUGUAUAUACAUAAGAAAAAACGUAAUCAGUGUAAUCUUUGUGGUGUAAGGUUAGCCUCCUUAACAGCUAUGGCAACGCAUAAACUACUACAUACAGGAGCGAAACAAACACAGGAUAUAAAUACAAACGAAGCAUUAAGUAAAGCUAAUGAAAAUGUGGGUUUGGAAAAUGUUUCUAAAGAGGAAGGAUCUCAAAUAGAAUUCAAACAGGAAGCUAAGGAUAAUGAACUUUUAGAACAGCAAGUACACAGUGAGAAUGAUGAUGACACUAUGGGUUCUCCAUGUGAAGAUAAACAGGAACAAGACAACCCUCUUGAAGUAAAUAGAAUAAGUAACAAAUUGGAAAAUCAAGUAAAGGAAUCUCAAUGUUUUCGUAUACAAGAACUUAAUAAUGACAGAACUAACUCAUCGGAAUCAAAUCAAUGUAAAGAAUGUAAAAGAAUAUUUAAAAAUUCUCAUGGCUUAAGUGUACAUUAUAAGAAGAAACAUUUAAAAACUCAUUUAUAUAAUUGUGAUAAAUGUGACAAAGGUUUUGAUGCCGAAGAAUUCUAUAUCAAACAUUAUAAUCUUCAUUUGGGCAUAAAACCUUUUAAGUGCAAUCAAUGUGAAAAAACUUUCGAAAACAGAUAUUGCUAUAACCAGCAUUUAAUUACCCAUUCUGAAGACUCACAAUUUCCUUGUAAAAUUUGUGGCAAAAGUUUUCGACGUAAGGGUAUUUUAAAGCAACAUCACCAGAGAGCGCAUACUGGUGAAAAACCCUUUAAAUGUAAAUAUUGUAGUAGAACCUUUAGUCUGGCAUGUGAUAUGAAAAUGCAUAGAAAACGUAUACAUAAGGAUAUACAAUCUGAUGAAAGUGAUGAUGAAGAUUUAUGGUUGGAAAAUCCUUUUAAAGAAUUACAACAGCAAGAUGUUACAAAACCGAAAGCUGGGGAACAUAAGCCGCAGGAAAAUGAAUCGUUUAGCAAUGAUAAUGGUACUUUGAUAACUGUAAGCGAUAACAGGGAAGUAGUUGAAACACAGCAUAUAAGAGAAGACUCUUUUAAUGAGAUAUUGGAACUUAACAAAGACAGCAAUGACGAAGUUACUUUGCUUAAUUUAAAUGAAAAUAAGGAAGUAGUUGAACAACAGGAACCUGAAGAAGAUUCUUUAAAUGAUAUAUUGGAACUAAAUAAAAGCGAAAUUGAAGAAAAUCUACUGAUAGAGCUAAAAACUCCAGUAAUAAAAAAUCAAUGUAAAAUAUGUAAACAUGUAUUUAGGACAUCACAAGGUCUAGCCUCACACAGAACUAAAGCACAUAUAAAAACAUAUCAGUACAAUUGUGAUAAAUGUUAUAAAGGUUUUGAUUCGAAGGAAAACUACAAAAAGCAUGUUGAUCGUCAUUUAGGUGUAAAAGCGUUUAAAUGUCCUCAAUGCAAUAAAGCUUUUGAUUCGACCGGUACUUUAAAUCAACAUUUAAUCUGUCAUUCGAAUGAGACACCUCAUUUGUGUACGAUAUGUGGCAAAAGUUUUAAUCGUGCGGGUAGUUUAAAACAACAUACCCUAAGACAUGGCACUGAAAAAACAUUUAAAUGUUCCUUAUGUCCCAAAAGUUUUAAAUGUCUACCCGAUCAGAUUUCUCAUAUGUAUAAACAUAAUGGCAGACGUUAUGUGUGUAAUAUUUGCGGUGCUAGUUUAUCCACCUCUUCAUCUUUGGCAAGUCAUAAGCUAAUACAUACCGGUGAAAGACCCUAUAAAUGUGAUCAGUGUGAUAAAAGCUUUAAUAUUUCAUCUAAUCUGCAUGUUCAUAAAAGAAUACAUACUGGCGAAAAGCCUUAUAGCUGUCCAUAUUGUGAGAAAACUUUCCGCCAAAGUAAUGAUCGUAAUAAACAUGCCACACGUGUACAUAGAAAAGAAAUAGCUGAAGCAAAAGCUGCAUCAAAAGUAGAUGAUAAUGUAGAGCAGAAUGUUUCUAGUUAGAAGAAGAAAUAUUUAAAAUAAACGGAUCUACUAAAGGUACUACUAAGUUUUUUGGUAAGUGAGUGAUUAGAAUAUCUGGUAGAUAACUGAUA